UCGCCGAGCUGACUGUGAGCUGCAGUGACGGUCCGUUGCCCCUGCUGGACGGACCUCUUUUUAAAGUGUUUCUCUCGUCUUUUCGUCUUUCGUCGCGCGCGGUGUGUAUUCACGGCAAUCACGCUGAAAAUUCACCGUGGCUGAAGCCAAAACUGUCCGAGACCAACCACCUUUCCAGUUGCCAACUUUCGUGAACAACUUAUUUCCAAGGCCAUGGAGCGCUGGAGCGGACGGGUGGCGGUGGUCACGGGGGCGAGCGCGGGCAUCGGGGCCGCCAUCGUGCGAGACCUGGCGAGCGCGGGCGUGCGCGUCGUGGGGCUGGCGCGCCGCGAGGACAAGCUGCAGGUCCUUGCCGACGAGCUCGCCGGCCAGGGAAGUCCCGGGGAGCUGAUCUGCGUGCGCUGCGACGUGUCGGACACGAGCGACGUGCAGGCCGCCUUCGAGCGCAUCGAGGAGCAGGUCGGCGCCGUGAGCGUGCUGGUCAACAACGCAGGCGUCAUGAUUCCGCAGCGUGUCCAAGACAUGUCCAACGAGGCCAUGGCCGCCAUCGUGAACACCAACAUCCUGGGGCUGACGUCGUGCUGCAGGGAGGUCAUCAACAACAUGAAGAAGCACGGCACCACGGACGGGCACAUCGUCAACAUCAACAGUUUCUUGGGACACUACGUCCCCGUCUUCGACAACCCCGAUUUCAGCGUGGCCGUGUACGCCGGAUCGAAGCACGCUGUCACCGCCAUCUGUCAGGGUCUGCGCUCCGAGCUGAAGCACAUGCACCGCGACGGCUACAGGAUCAAAGUCACGAGCGUGAGCCCUGGCCCCGUGCUCACCGACAUGUUCGGCGAUGACCUCAGGGACGCCAUAUCCCCAGAGGAGGUGCAACGCCUCCUGAAGGCCUCAGAUAUAUCCAGAGCGGUGUGCUUUGCACUCGCCAGUCCUCCAGAUGUUGAGAUGGUUGAGAUGACGAUCCAGGCGACCGGACACCUGACCUGAUAGACGUCCAAAAUAUCGGACGACACCCGAUAGAGGAAUAGAACUCCUUGCUUUGUGUUUGCUUUCUAUUUACUUAUUCUGUAUUGUGUAAGACAAUUGAUUUUUACCCAUUGGUAUUUUUGAAUUCACACUGUAAUAAAGAGCAUAAAUGGUUCUGAGAAUUCCUUAGAACCAACUAUA